CCCAGCUUCCAAAUGCACGCUUGUAAUUCACUUUAGAACUUGCCUGUUUUGGCUGUGUGUGGAUUUGGAAGUGGGGUACAUAACUGUAUGCUUCUGAGGAACCAUUUCCAGUUUGGGUAUUGCCACUAUAAAGUAAAUUAAAUACAUAAAUGGGGACUCUUUGAGUAUCUUUCAUGCAGAAAAAAAUUAAAUUGUUUAUUUUUCUCAAUGUUUUAGGAAUAUUUGUUUAUUAGUUGAGUUGUGUGCAUGUUGUUCCGUAAACUGUUGUGGUACACAACAAAUUGAGAAGUUAAGGAGGGAUAUUCUUGCCAUAUAAGGUGAAUAAAUGAUAUUUAGAGUCAGAACUGUAAAGGUCUUUACCUUGACCUGGUGCGUUUCUUUUCCUCUAGUUUGCAAGUCAUGUGCUCUCCGAAGAUUUUCCAUCCAGCCUGCCCAGCAGAAGAAGAUUCCAAACCGGUAUCUGGGCCAGCCCAGCCCUUUCACACACCCUCACCUUCUCAAACCAGGAGAAGUAACCCCAGGAUUGUCACAGGUGGAAUAUGCUCUUCGUCGACACAAACUGAUGGCGUUGAUCCAGAAGGAAGCCAGUGGGUGGGAUGGGUUGGACCACACAGUGAUUCUGCUAUCCAACCCCACCUACUACAUGAGCAAUGACAUCCCCUACGUUUUCCACCAGGACACUAACUUCCUGUACCUCUGUGGGUUCCAGGAGCCUGACAGCAUCCUGGUGCUGCAGAGCAUUCCUGGCAAAGCACUGCCAUCCCACAAAUCCAUACUUUUUGUUCCCCGGAGAGAUCCAAGCCGAGAGCUGUGGGAUGGGCCCAGAUCAGGUACUGACGGGGCAAUUGCUCUCACAGGAGUAGAUGAAGCUUACACCAUUGAGGAGUUCAGGCACUUGGUGGCCAAGCUAAAAGGUGAGUCAAACAUUGUUUGGUACGACUUUGCAAAACCAGUGCAUACAGAGCUGCACUCUGACUACCUGCAGCCCCUGGCUGAGAUAAAAGCUCGGAACAAAAACCACAUCCAGCACAUCCGACACCUAGUGCAAAACCUUCGUCUCAUCAAAUCUCCUGCAGAGAUUGAAAGGAUGAAGAUAGCUGGACGAGUGACAGCAGAAGCUUUCACAGAGACAAUGUUUGCCAGCAAAUCCCCAGUGGAUGAAGCCUUUCUAUAUGCAAAGUUUGAGUUUGAGUGCCGGGCUCGUGGUGCUGACAUCUUGGCGUACCCCCCUGUUGUUGCUGGUGGCAACAGAUCAAACACUUUGCACUAUGUGAAGAACAAUCAGCUCAUCAAGGAUGGUGAACUGGUCUUGUUGGAUGGUGGGUGUGAGUCUGCCUGCUAUGUAAGUGACAUCACACGUACCUGGCCUGUCAAUGGAAGGUUUACCAGACCCCAAGCAGAACUGUACCAGGCUGUCCUGGAUAUCCAGAAAUCCUGUGUGAGCCUCUGCUCCCCAGGCGUGAGUCUAGAGAAUAUCUACAGUCUCAUGUUGAGUCUUAUUGGACAGAAACUGAAAGAUUUGGGGGUCCUAAAGAGCAGCAUCACUGAGAGCCACUUCUUCAAGGCGGUUCGAAAGUACUGCCCACAUCAUGUGGGCCAUUACUUGGGCAUGGAUGUUCAUGAUACCCCAGAUAUAUCCCGAUCGCUCCCGCUCCAGCCAGGCAUGGUGAUAACCAUUGAACCAGGCAUUUAUAUCCCUGAGGAUGACUUGAGCACCCCGGAGAGGUUUCGUGGCAUUGGUGUGCGCAUUGAGGAUGAUGUUCUGAUAACAGAGGGUGCACCUCUCAUCUUGUCUGCUGACUGUCCCAAGGAGAUCUACGACAUCGAGCAGAUCUGUGGCCGCAAGUCAUGAUGCCCCUUCUCUGCCUGUUUCAUCUUCUUUGGGAGAAGCAAGGCUCCAAGGAUGCACAUCCCUGUAGUUGUCAAGUGCUGAAAGGUGUGGACAGUUGAUGGCUGUUUCUAAGACAGGCUGGGUGAAAAAGCAAAGCAACCUUUUCUGUGUGCAUUUUCCUUCUGAUUUGAUUAGUGCUGAUGCUGAGCUGUUGUAGGACAUGGGGAUGGGUUCAUCCCUCUUCUGUGCAGAUCCAGUUGUUCUGGUGCCCUUGGAGGGGUGAAUUUUAUCAGUGCCACCAGCAGGGCUUCUGCCCCGGUCCCUCUCCAGGUGCAUAGGUGUAGCUGCUGAGACAGGCCUGCACCCCGUUUUUUCUCCUUCAGCAGUAGUUUCACAAUAGAUUUUAAAAAUGAAGCUUUGAUAAAUGCUGUUUUAGGGGGAUAAAGUGUGUCAGACAGCUUUGAUUUUUAUAGAGCCCUGGAAGGAGGGGUUUUGGUAGUCAGGAAGAUGGGUUUGGUUGGGAGGUAGUUUUAUCUGAAGCCUGUGGAGAACACCUACAGUAUUUUAAGUGUAAGGAUGUGUUUGGGCCUUGUGCAGGCAUAUGAAAAAUAGGCCAGCAGCAGGGAAAAACGUCUUUUCUGGUCUUUGAGCUUAUUGGAGUGUUUGGUAAUUUCAGAAAGGACAGACAGGACUCAGAAGGUUGGACAUACCAGUUUUUGCUGUCUUCCACAUUCUCUUCUUUUUGUUCUACAUGUGUGUCCUGUUCUGAGCCCGCCUCUACCCUGGGAGCAGGGCAGUGUUGUCUGUGCUGUGCUUUAUUGGUGAGCUGCUGGUUGUCACCUAGAUGUGAGGUUUCCAAUUCUGGGACACUCACAAUAUAUUUCUGGUUUAUGCUGUAAGUACCAGCAACUUCAGCAGUGUAUGUUUUGAAGACUCUGCCCUAUGGCAAGUCUCGAGUCUUUCUAUGGCUUUUAUAUGGAAUUUAAAGUAAUUCUCUUUUUCAAAACUCUGAGGGCAUGAUCACAGCUGCCUUUUGGGUUUUGCCAAGUGCAGUCAGUAACUAAUGCUCUGUGAUAAUAUUUUUGAGGCAGCUGCAAAUGUGAUAAGUGGCUAUGACAGAUGACAAGAAAAGGGUAAGAGUUAUCUUUCCUUAACAUCAGUCUAAAGCACAGACCAAAGUUUACAGUAGUAAAUUCACCUACUAGAGGCAAACAUGGCAUCUGUUUAUUUAUUGAAAAUAUUUUGACAAUCAGCUAUCUAAUGUGUCUGAAAAAUGCCUCUCAUCAGUGCAUGUCCUGUAAUUUAUGCUUGCUGUUGCAUCACAUUAUACUUCCUUUCUGAUGAUAGCUUUCAGUAUUUUUCAUCUGUUAUUCUCAAUUUUCCUUCUUUUUCUUUUCUCUUCCUGUAUUGUCUUGUCUUUGACCCACUGUAAUGUGACUGCGUCCUAAUCCAUUUUGCUUUCUAAUCAACAUCACUGCCUCUUCCCCAGUUUACCCUAAUUCCCCAGAGUAAAUGUAGUCAGAAGCAUGUGGGGAAGGUAGUCAGGGUUCCUGAGGUCGACCUCUGUCUCUGCUGCUAUGUAACCUUGAGCAAAAUCUGGGGGGUUUCUCUUUUUUUUUAUUCUUCUCAGUGUUUCAUUUCACUUAGUGAAGGCCAAAUGGACAGUGUCUUUUGUCUGUCAUUGCUUUUAGUGGAAGCUGGGUGCAUGCACUGGGGUUUGAAUUGGGCACUUGAAGGGCAGCCAAGACAUGCUAUAAUUUUGUUUUUCAAACAUGAUGAAAAGUAACUGCUUUUACAGAGUAUAGUAUAUCAAGUUUCACCUGGUUAAGGGAAUCCGCUAAUGGAAUCUGUUUGGUGCUCAUGCAUUACGGUGGUACAUACAGUAUAAAUUGUUAGCAGGAAGGCAUGUUAAGUGUGGGUACAGAACUGAUGAAUACUUUUGAUGUGGUUCUGGUCUGUAACACGUUUGUGGUUUCAAUUACACCUGUUGGAGCCAUGUGAACUGAGACAAAAAUUGGCUUUUGGAAUUAUGUGAGAGGCUUAAAAUAACAUUAACUGAGAGCUACAUGUGUGUGCUGGUCUGCACAUCUGCCCGUGAACUAGCCAAGUUAAUAAUUGUACCUACUAUAAAUAACACUUUGAAAUGCAUAUUUGAAACUUAUUUUUAAAAGAAAACAAUUUGUAGAAAGUAGUUUGUUAAGCCAUCAAGAUACAUGGCUACUGAAUAGAUAGAAACACCUCCAGAAAGAGUAUUAUUUUCCAGGGAGAUUUAUAAAUUAUCUGUAACCUGUCUUGAAUUUGAAAUAACAUUGUCAAAUGGAGGCACGCAGUAGUUCCUACUCCUCUCAGAAAUAUCUUGCAACUUGCAGACACCAUUAGAUCUUAGGAAUGUUAUGGAUGAAAGUUUCUGCCAGUAAAGAAGUGUUUGUGACUGCUGAGUGGGGAGUAAUGGAUUUGCUAGGGCUGUUGUGCCCUACUGUGCCACAUAUAUCUGAUUUGCUGUGCAUUGCUCCACAUUCUGUAGUUCUGGCACAGCACUCAGCCAUUUCUGCAGCAUAAGCUGCUGCUAAUGUUUUGAAUCUGUUGUUCCAUUGUCGUGGUAAAGAAGAGUGCAUUUUGCAGAGUGUAUUAAAUUUGAGUCUUAUCAACCUGCAUUUUUUGAAGGCUUUUUCUCAGUCAUUGCAGAGGUGGAUAACCAGAGUAUCAUCUGGAACCUACACAUAUGCUGCAGUGUCCCUUGAAUACAACCAAAUCCAUGCACAUUUUACAUGACCUUCAUCAAGAAACUGUAAAGAAUCCCUUCUCCACCCGUGUGUACCUCCUCACUAGCCAAUCCCAUACUGCCAGUUUUAGUCUCUCUGCCGUAGAAGAGAUUCCUCGCUCUAACCACUUGGGUGCAGGAGCAGCUCUUGGUGGCAGUACAAGUCACCAGCUGCUUCAUGAGGGCGUUGGUGCGAUCACUGGAAGCGAAAGGGGAGCUGAGGUAUAUGCAAGUUCACUUGGGGAGAGAUUUUAUUGCAACUGGUCUUAAGGGUAUCAGAAUUAAGAGAAAAUGAAAGCCAGUCACCCCUAUGGAAAAGCUGCUUUGCUUUCAGAGGAAGCCCGGGAGGCUUUUGGCAUUGCCAUUUCAACUUCUACCAGGGGACUGCUUUGCCUUGCAGAGAACUAGUUAGUAGUAAAAUCCUGUUGUUAACAUAUGGUCUGAGCAGAGGUGCUAAUUCGCAGGUAUGCUUCUGUCGUCCAAGUGGAAAGAAAUUUGUCGUUUUAUGCAAUUUGGCAUUCUGUUAUCUGUGAAGAAUACAAUAUGUCUUUCCUAUAAUUGAAUUCUGCAAAGGAGCCUGGUGGUGUAGGAAGAGGCAAAUUGAGGGAGCAUGUAAAAGAAAAUGAAGGUGGAGGUUUGGGGGAAUAUACAAUGCAAUGGGGAAGAUUCAGGGAAAGAGUGUGAUCUGGAGCUGUGGGGAUGUGUACAGGUGGAUGCAAGAGCAAGCAGAGAACAGCAGGGUGUAAAAUGGCUGUGCAGUGUGUUGUCAGUAUGGUGCAAAAGCUUCAGGAAACUGGUUAACCAGCAGGUCCUGAUCGAUUUGUCCUGCUCAGGAGGGGGAAACAAAGGAGUCAGAUUGUAUUGAUGAAGUUGGUCUUAACAGUUAGUUUAAUUAUUUCUUUUAAAAAUCAAUAGAAUUAUCAUAUGAGAAAGUUUCUUGAAGUUUCAUGUUAUUGAUCAUGUGUCAUAUUUUAAAUAAUGUGAAGGAGAAAAGGUACAUUUCUAGACAGAAUCUUCAUUAUGAUGGAGAGAGCAAGGCUGAGGUUACCUGCUCUUAUGCUUCCCAAAUUACUGCUGUGGAAAUUUAGUAAUUACUCCCAGGAGAAUUACCAUAAAGCAGAAAGAGUUAGGGUUAAAUUUAGACAAAAAUCUAUACAAGAUAAGUGACAAAAAUGCUUUAAUAAUGAUGAGAUGCUUUAAUACUUUGUGUAAUUGGAUAACAAAACUCUACACUGCAAUAAAUUGACAUUUUUUAUUUCUUUUGA